CGCCGCCAACGCGACGCACGCAUGCGCGCUCCUUCUCCAUGUGUGCUCGGGCCGUCACCCGGCCCAGCUAAGCAGAACACGAAUACCCCUCAGCGACGAGGCCUUAUCACGAGCUCCGCAGCCCCCACAGUCUGCUGUUGCCUUCCUUUCUCGGUCCAUCCCCACAGCGCGCGUCGCCAUGGGAAAGAGUCGGACGAAACGCUUCAAGCGACCUCAGUUCUCUCCCACCGGCAACUGUCAGGCCGAGGCGGCAGCAGCAGAGAACGGAGAAGAAGAUGACGACGGGCCAGAGGCGGAGCUGCUGGAAAAGCUCCAGCACCCGACCGCCGAGGUUCGCGAGUGCGCCUGCGCGGGGCUGGCCCGGCUGGUGCAGCAGAAGCCGGUGCUCCCGGCUCUGGCUCGCCGCGAUGCUGUGCGCCGACUCGGGCCGCUGCUGCUCGACCCCAGCCUGGCUGUUAGGGAGACGGCGGCCGGCGCGCUGAGAAACUUCAGUGCUUGUGGAGGCUUUGAAAUUUGCGAUGACAUGGUAACUAAGGACGUCAUGACUCCUCUGGUGGCACUACUAAAAGAGUGUAGUGCUGGACUGGACUCAAAUGAGAUGUCUCCACAGGAGAAAAAAGAUCAGAGCAAAAAUUCUAUUGAGAACAUAGCCAAUGAGGCUGUGAACGUGCUGUGGAAUAUAUGUGAAUGCAGUAGUAGAGCAGUAUCUAUAUUCAACAAAGAAGGGUGUUUGGAGAUUGUAUUAAAGUAUUUAAGUAGGUUUUCCACCAAUGUUGACCUGGCUAUUUCAGUAGCACACUGUUUGCAGACAGUGACUGAAGAUAACCCAGAGCUCCUGAAAUCUUUCAGUGCUACAGCGUUGCAGGUGCUGGAAUCGGCAAUGCUCUGUCCUGUCAGUUCCAUGGAAUACAUUCUAUUAAAGACAUUGGUAGCAGGGUCUUGCUACGGUACCCAGGCUGGCCUCAAACUUGCUGUUGUCUUGCCUCAGCAGGAGUGCACCACCACAUCCAGCUGCACAAUCUGGAAUCUGAAGGACGUCAUUCCGUCUAAGAGUCAGGCAGAGAUCAUAAAUGCCAUACUAAAGAUCUUAUCCGAAGUCUUGGAAAUGGAUGCUGGCGAAAUAGUUAUUCAGAUGAAAGAGGCUGAAACUCAGAGAUUAAAGACUGCGGCAGAGACUGAGGAAAUGUUAAAGAAUGUUAAUGGUGAUGAUUUGAUUGAAGACGUUGAAAUGGAAGAAAUUCCUCACAAAAGAAAAGUCAGAAGGAAAAAUUUUGUUUCCGAUUUACUUCCACCCACUGACAAGGAACUGAGAGAAACCAUAGCAGUGCUGACAGCUCAGCAGACGGCUCUGGAAAUUGUCGUCAACAUGUGCUUCAGUGAAGAUCCCUCUGACGACGAGUGGGAAGAGCUGUCCAGCAGUGACGAGAGCGAUGCGUGCAUGGAAAACCCCUUCAGUGAGUGUGGGGGACAGCUGCUGUCCCCACUCUGCCUCUCCCAUGAGACUCACUCCGCUCUCACCAACUGCUUCAUCCCACAGAAGGUUUUUGAGAAAACUGCCUCCCCAAACAAUGUUGCACUUGACAUAUGUUCAAGGAAUCCUACGUGGAAACCUUUGAUUAGAAAAAUGAACACUAUUCAGUGUAGAGCCCUCGUGUGUCUUCAGAGUCUGGUGUCACUCCUGGAUGUGGACCAUCUGGGAGGAGUUCCAGCCCUCCAAACACUCGCACAGCACCUGUCACAACUUCUUUUUUCUCAGCCAGAUUUUGCUAAACACGAUGACUUUCUGGAAGCCAUAAGUGGUGCCUUGCGGGCCCUUUUACAAACAAUGGCCUCCAAAAACAUUUCUCAGUGCAUGACACCUGAUCAGCUGAUGUCGUUCUGCAAGGCAGGCAUUCACAGUAGCAACAUCGGGGUCAGAGUGAAUGUCGUUAGCAUUUUAGGAAUCACAGGCAGUGUCCUCGCCAAAGAAGCUGGUACACUUGAAACUCUUAAGACCACUGGGCACUUUCUGCUUGAGGUAGCCACCAAAGAUCCCUCCCUUGUGGUAGCAGGAGAAGCUUUGGAUGCUCUCUUUGAUGUUUUUGCAGAUGGUGAAGAAGCUGAAAAAGCCUCGGUUCAAAUUAAAUUGUUAUCAGCUCUGAAAGAGUUCCAGCCAGUCUUCAAGAUGAAGAUACGAAAAGAAGGGAGAGGUAAAUACAGUCCAGAUCAGCUAUGUGUUCUCGACAAUGUGAAGAUGAAUUUGAGAAGGUUUGUUGCUUAUCAAGAAACUGUUGAGAAAAGACUAACUUCUUGAACCACGGGAAGAGAGAUCCGGGCUAGAGGAUGGAGCUCCGUGGAGAGCACUCGCUUAGAUGUGCAAGGCCCUGGGUCCCUCUCUCCACUGCAAAGAAGAGAGACAGGGAACGACAAGUUCUUCCCCAAAGUAUUUUUGGCUGAGAAUACUAAAGGGAUUCCUUUAUAUGUUUCUUAGAGGCCUUUUUUAAUGCCUUUAUUCUGAACAUUAAUUUGAGGUUCAUAAAAACUUCAAAUCCUGUCAGAAACUCCUGGUUAAGCCUUGAGAUCCCCGAGCAUUUCUGAUGUGAUCACUGUUGUCCCCAGUGUGUUGUCAUCACUCAAAACAAAACAUGGAAAUGCAGCUCAGCCUCAGGUAGUUCUUAACUACUGUGUGAACAGGAACGAAACCUCAAUAUCAUUGUCCUUGAAUUUUGCAAGAAAGGAAAGCCCAGAUCAUUGCUUGGGUACUUUAUUAAAGCCUGUAUCACUUUAUAUUAGCUGAAUCUAUAACUGAAAUAUGAAGACAAACUUUGCAAAGUAUUUUUUUGGUAUGAAGUAGUAUGUACCAAUUAUGAACUUUUAUGAAGAAAUUAAUGAAUUGAGUUUGUAUGUUACCCUCCAAAGAUUGUACUGAUGAGCUAAAUGAGGUGAUCGCCUUCCUCUUAAACAGGAAGGUCUGAUCAGCUAUUGUUUUGUAACACUGCCCCUUGAUUUAAUUUGAUAUAGAAUGAGAACUGGUAGAAAAUAUUUUUGAAUAAAUGACUUUUUAAUUGAAA